AUGGAGUUCGAAGCUCGGGAUUUUUCCGACGGUAUGUGGAUUAAUUUGAAUCGGAAAGAAGUGGUUUACAUCAGCUUCAAGAGGCAAUCCAAGGUUAUGAGGAUCGGUGGUGAACGAAACUGGAACACUACUGGGCGAUUGAUUGUUUUUGGAGGCGAGUUGGGUGGGAGGCAAAAAGAUAAGAUGAUCGAGAGGGCUAAGCAGGCUGGAUUUAUUUUGAAUAGAAGUUUGAUUUCUGACCGUGGCUGCCGUUGA